UUCAUUUUAAUCUGUUUUCCUGUGUGAAAAAGUUUAUGACGUCUCUUCAGCUGGUGGACAUCUGGAGAAGAAAACAUCCUGUAAAGCAGAAUUAUACAUUCCACAGAGGCAACGUUUCCUCGAGACUGGAUUACUUCUUUACUCCAGAAGAAUGUAUGUGGCGUGUCACAAGUUGUGACAUCAGAGCUUUAGAGAGACCCGACCAUCAGCCUUUGGUUUUGAAGAUAUGCAACGUCUCCACAGACACUCCACAGAAGAAUCUCCAAAUACAAUCACUCUCUCAACUGCUCAGUCAUAAAAAUCAUUUAGGGAUAGAGAUGACGGCUUCAUCAUCGGUUCAAGAAAGUGAACUCAGUGAGGUUGACAUUGUCUCAGCUGUACAUUCCCUUCAAGUGUCAGACACGCCAAGACCAGACGGCAUUCCAGCUUCCUUCUAUAAAGAGAACAUUCAAGUUGUAAUUCCAUACAUGAAGAUGCUCUAUAACCGGAUCCUCAGUGGCACAUUUAACUGCUCAGAGAGACGUUUCAAUGAAUCUGUGAGAAGUCCACAUGACAACAGUCAACACUUCUUUAACGUUGACUACAUCCUCAUCGCAACUAUUCUAGCAAGACGUCUAGAAGACUUCCUGGAGUCUCAGUCAGAGGGACGGAUACCAAAAGAGUCCGUUACUGUCCUGAUCACUCCCAAAACACUUCACACUCAGACAGUGCUGGGUUAUAUUAGGGAAGAGUUGGACAGGCAAAGACAGUCAAAUCCAAAUUUGUUUCAGGACUUCCGUGCUGCGGAAAACCUUGUUGGAAAUGUAGAGGACACGUCUGUGCCAUGUCAGGGCUGUCCUUUGACUCCAGUACUCAUAACAUUAGCACUAAAAUGCUACGCCUCACAGCUGUUUCAGCAUUUAGAAAAGCAUGUGUUUUUUAUUUUCAAACUAAGUGUGAUAGUUUGCUUUCCACCUGAGGACCAAGAUAGGGUACAUGCUAUUGUAACAAACAGAACUGACGAAGAAUAUGACAUAGUGAUGUUACACAGAGGAAAUGUUGAUAGACAGACGGAUGGAGCAGAAAGUUAUGAAAGUGAUGAUGUCAUCAAUUUCUCUUCUUUGCCACCAGCUACAUGCGAAAUGUCAGCUAUGUAUGCUGUUGUUACCUUGCAAGAUACAGAUGAAGUGAUGGUAACACCAUCAAAAUGGUUAAACACAGACAAGACACAAUGCCACUGGCCCCCAUUCAGAUCACCAGAGAAGUUAAUGGAAGCUGUUAGAGACAGGCUUGAACCUUCAACAGCAGGAAAACCAUGGGAUAUGUUAAACAUAAUCUUCCAUGCAGAAGAUGAUACUUUUGAGGAGGCUAUAAAGAAACAAGAGGAACUUGUAAAAGCACAGAAAGAUAGGCCCUCUACCUCUCUUGAAAACCAAACAGCAAUAAAUCCAUCCACACUGCUGACAUCACAAUCCACUCAAACCUUUGGUGUUAAAAGAAAACGUGAUGAUGAGUCACAGUCACUGCUGAUCAAAGAUAUGGUCCCAUGGAAGACAGCAAAGCGGAUCAUGGAAAGAAUUAAAUUAAAAGUUCAGGCCACCCAGGGCAAAGACAACACCAUUAAUACAAUAAAAACCCACAUUCUAGAUGCCAUUUCAAAGUUGGAUAAAGACAGAAAGAAGGCAACCAUUGGGAUUUUUGGAAGGACAGGAGAAGGGAAAAGCUCUUUAUUGAACGCAGUACUGGGAGAACAGUUUUUACUGCCAUCUGGUGGUUUUGGUGCGUGUACAGCUGUUAUAAUUCAGGUGGAGGCAAAUCUGAAUGACUCCAACUACAUAGCAGAGAUUGAAUUCAUUUCUAAAGAGGAAUGGGAAAAUGAGAUUGCUUCACCGGAUAAAGGUGAGGAUAACCAAUUAACGGACAUUUUCAAAGAAAGGAUCAUUGCCCUGUAUGGAGCUGAUGCUGAGAAUAAAACAUUAGAGGAGCUGAAGAGAGAUGACAAAUAUACUGAAAUUGACAAUGUUUUGACCACUGGAAAGACGAAAAUAUCAAGCAGUAGCCCCUCUGAGUUUGUCGGGUGUGUUAGUCAUUACGUAGAACAUAAUUUAGCAAAUUCUGGUGGCUGUUACUGGCCGCUUGUGAAGUGUGUGACGAUCAAGAUCCCAAACUGUUAUGAACUCUUGGAGCACAUUGUCCUUGUUGAUAUUCCUGGGACUGGAGACUGCAACAAGAUCAGAGAUGACCUCUGGAAAACUAAAAUAAGAGAGUGCUCUGCUGUGUGGAUUGUAAGUGACAUCAAGCGAGCGGUUACAGACAGAGACCCCUGGGGAAUAUUAGAGCACUGUAUUGAAGACUUGGGACCUGGUGGAGAAUGCAAACACAUAAACUUCAUCUGUACUAAAACUGAUGACAUCAAACCAGCAGAAUAUCUCAGAUCUACAAAACUUACUGAGGCCCAGAUUCCAGGAUAUGGUUUGGAUGCAAGAACGAAGUGCAUACUGCACAGAAAUGACCUUGCAAAGAAAGCAAUAGAACAAAAAUUGAAAAAUUCUAAAAGUGAGGAAUCAAAGGAACGAUUCAUCAUUGAUGUUUUCACUGUAAGCUCCACCGCAUAUUUUGAUGAAAAUUCACACCUGGAACCUUCUGAAACAGAGAUCCCAAAACUGAUGGAAAUCCUCAUAAACCUUAACAAGAGCAUCAACCAAAAACUCAACAGAGAUUAUAUCAAUGAAGCAAAAGGAGUUUUGUCCUUGAUCCAAAGUGUCCAACUGGAUAAAGAUAAAAACAUGAUAAAAGUCAUUGAGGAUCUGCAGAAGAACAUAGAGAAGGAACUGAAGGUGUUGGAUGGUCAUUUUGGGGCACUUUAUCAGAAUCUGAGCCGAUGUCUCUCAAAGGGUGUAGAAGAAUCAGUGAGAUGGAGUGUUAAUACCACACAUGACAUGUUAUUAUCUGUUCGACCAAAAAAUAACUGCGGAUUCCACAAAAUUUUUCGGGCCAUGUGUGUGAGAGGAGGAUUCUACUGGCCAAGAAACUGGAAUGAACCUUUAGAUUUAAACAAGUUUUUGACCAAACACAUGUAUGACAACAUCAAUAAGGAGUUUGUAUUGAUGUUUCCUGUUGAUGAUAAUGACAAAACAGUGAAAUCAAUGCAAGACAAGCUUGACAAGUUCAGCAUCAUCCAGUCUUUCUCCCCAACAUCACCCAUGCUACACGCUAUUCAAAUCGUUAUCAAAUCACAGGAAACCAAACUGAAGGCAUCACUCAGCAGAGUCAUCGUAGAGAAGAAGAAGGAAAUCUACUCUUCAGUCCAAACAACCAUUCGGAGGCAAAUGGCUCCUGGCUACAAGACAGCUGCAGAGGAGACAGGAGAUGGAGCCAUGCAGAGGAUGGAGAAAGUCAUAAUAAAAACGAUUGAACAGUUAAAUCAUAAAAUGUUCAAUGAGGGAAAAGUGAAAGCACUUGAGGCAUUCAACGAAUUGAAGCUGCAUGUAAUGACAACUCUUGAAUCAGAGCUGAAGAGAUCAAUGGAGCGCUUGCUUUCACAAACCAGCAAAAUCACUCUGUUGGAUGUCUCCAGAGAGAUUCAAGAGAUGGAGGAACUGUUCAACCAAUAGCUGGUUCUUUUCGAGAAAACCUCCCAAUAGGUCCAAUGACCAAUCAAAACUAGUCCAAUAAUCUCAGUCCAAGUAUCUUGAGAGUACAUACAAAAACAUGAAUAGAUUAAAAUGCACUGUAAGAUAAAAGCAUCUGCCAAAUACAUAAAUGUAAAUGUAAUUUAUUUUCAAGUAAUUUAUUUCGUUUCAUUUCACUUUUUAUUAAUUCACUUAUCAUUAAUUCCAUUAUAUUUACAAGCCAUUUUGUCAAGACAAGUAUGGGUUCCCAAUGGUUUCCAUCUCAAGGCUCUUUAUGUCACAAGAAAAUGUUUUGAAACCGUAUUUUUAAAAAUUCAGACUGAGCAUUGAGCAUUAAGGUAUAACUCAGACUAUUUAAUAAAACAUUUUUUCUUUUAUUCAACAUGA